UGGGACACGAUCAUUGUCCCAAAGCAAUAGACAGUCAAUUUAGCAUGAAGUAAUGGAAUCCUCUUUCUUUGUACUGUCCGCGUUCCUGAUUGGCCAGCAAGUGUGGGAAACCUGUCAAACUGAGACCCACACGGGUUUACAGUGUGAGGGGUGUAUAAAUACGGAAGCUCCCCACUUCUAACAUCCGCAACUAUCUUUACUAAGAACAAACACCAACUGACCAACAGCAAUGGCUCCUGUCAAUAUGUGCAACAUUGUGAGGACCACGAAAGAUAAAAUCAAACUGAGAAAACCAGUGGUCGAGAAGAUGCGCAGAGACCGCAUCAACAGCAGCAUCGAACAGCUCAAGUCACUCCUCAAAACCGAACUUCAAGCACACCAACCCAACUCUAAACUGGAGAAGGCUGACAUUCUCGAGACAGCUGUGUUUUACCUGAAAGACAACAGCACGCGCCCUGCAUCUUCAUUCAACGUAGCGUCACCUGUCCAGAGCUACGCGGAGGGAUUCACCCGCUGCCUGGAGGAGACGCUGCGUUUCCUCUCAGCGCACAACCAGCCGACUGACUCGCAACAUAAGCUUGUCGAUCACUUCCAUCGGGUACAGAAACUUGGUGAGAGAGUCGCGCUGAGUCCAAACCGCGCGACGGUCCCUCACAACAACAGAACUCCGAAAUGUGUCACCGCAGGUGGAAGAGGGCCUUUGUGGAGACCCUGGUGAUGCGCUUAGCCUAUUUUGAGACGUUAAAUAAUGAGACUUUCGAUGUCAAAACCAGAUAAUAUGUUGGUCUAGCUGCACGACCAAGUAUGAUCUCUUGUAGGAAAUAAUUAUUCCCUUUACAAUUUAUCUUUUGUUCGUAAAAGUUGAAAUUAUUGUUAUUAUUCUGUUUAGAAUGUAAAUUCCAUAUCCUGUAUUGUGCUAUUGCGCAUAUAUUUGUAACUUCACAAUUGUGAAGUAAACUAUUUUUUACAUAUUGUAAAAUAUAUUCAAGUAAUAUCUUGGUGUAUUUCUGGGAAAAGAACUCCAUAUGUUGCUGAAUUGUAAUGUGUCCUGAAACGAGCUGUGAUUGGAACAUUGAUUAUCACAUUGAUAUGGAAAUAUUCCCAAUAAAUAAAAGGAAAUUACAAUUUA